AUGAGCUCGGAACUUGACCAAAGUACCUGGAAUGGAGAGGCUGAGAAGCUUUUAAAGUUUCGAGAUGAGAAGGUGAAUAGCGUGGAUAAAGAUGAUUUGGACUUUAAAAGACUGCUUAUCGAAAGACGAAUCAAGAAAGCAGCUAAAGAACAUUUGCGGGAUGAGAACGCUUUUGCUAAGGGUAGAAUCGAUCUCGUCAGUGAAGGCUACCUGACGGCAAUCAGCAUGGACUAUGAUGAGCUGAAAACCGCUGGGGUCGCAUACAAGGUAGAAAGUGAAGUAUCAGACGAGCUGGAACAAGAUCAGGACGUCGAGGGCGAAAUGGACGAAAAGCGAGACAGUCCAGAACGUCCGGAUACUACGAUGGAUCUUCUGAUAGCCCAGGAGUUAAGCAACGAUAAGGCUAGCAACAUAGUCAAACAUUUAGCUCGGAAAGAAGACAGGCUAGUAAGCAGUGCACGCAAGAAUACAGAACUGGUGAAGACGAUGUUGAAUGAAGCUGAUACAGCUGUUGAAAAUACCAGAAAGCGUAAUUUGGGAAGUCCGGACGAUGGCAUGAAUUCUGACUAUUAUAAACGAGGUAAUCAAGAGCAUCACAAGCACGUACAAGAUCCGGGUUGGUUUCCCCAUCAAGGAUCAGAUUUGGGAUUGUAUACACAAGCAGCUCCAUACGCCACUAUGACGAAUAGAAACGAUAAUCUGCUGUCCCAUCAAUCACACCAAUGGGCCUUUGACACCACCCGUCCCCCGUUAACGUUUCAGCAAGAGUCUCUCCCCAAAAUAACAUCCACUAGUGGGAUCAAAAAAACGAGUUCAGGGACUCUAUCACCACGCAAUCCACGAGCGUCGUCUCCUCCAAAUUCAGAUAGUCGGACCAAGAAACCCAAAGCUUUACGCAAAAUGGAGAACAUAGCUCGAAAACAUAGUCUUUAA